GAUAAAUUAACAGAUUAAUUCAAACAUUGGGCUCAAGUUAUUUAUUUAACACACAGAAAAAACUGUUAAUGAAAUAGGGUCUGGUGAAAAGAGGCAGGAGCAGGCUUUUUCCAAGACUCCAUGUGUUUUAAGGCUGCAUAGAAAUAUUCUAGUUGUUUUGUGCAUGAUUUUAUACAUAUUUCCCCAUUUUUAAAAAAUCUGUCUGAGAUAUCUGGUGUCUUUGGAAACUGUGAGAUAUUCACUAGAAUUUAAAAUGAAGUUCUGCUGCUUUGUGAGCUUAGUCCCAGAGGGUCACGUGGUCAUGCUGUCUUUCCGCCUCUUCGACAUGGAGGCUGACCCCACCUGUCGGUACGACUACCUGGACGUCUACAAUGGUCACUCCCGCUUGGUGCAGAAGCUGGGUCGUUUCUGUGGGACGUUCCGGCCUGGCGCCCUCAUCUCCACCUCCAACACCAUGAUGUUAGAGAUGGUGUCAGACGACGGCACUGGAGGGAGAGGCUUUCUGGCUUCCUUCAGCGCAGGGAAGCCACAUAUGGAAGAGAACCAGUUCUGUGGAGGAAGGCUGACCAAAUCGCAGGGCUCUGUCAAGACGCCCAAUUGGCCCAACUCUAACUACCCAGCAGGCAUCAGCUGCUCCUGGCACAUCUCUGUAGAACCAAGCAACGUGAUCGAGGUGAAGUUUGUGAAGCUGGACUUGGAGCCUGAUACGUACUGUCGCUACGACUAUGUGGCAUUGUUUAACGGGGGAGAAAGGGAUAACUCUCGGCGGAUUGGGAGAUUCUGUGGAGACAGGCCACCAGGAACUAUUGUGACAAAUGGGAACGAGCUCCUUGUCCAGUUCGUCUCCGACCUCAGCGUGACCUCAGAUGGCUUCAUGGCCCACUACUCCAGUGUGCCCCGCGGGUCUCGGACGCCCACUGCCGGGGGAGACUUCAUCUACGGACCUCAGUCCACCUCGACCCCACAAAAAACAGCCGUCAAGCCAAUCAAACCCACCAAACCAACCCCCAAACAGCCUAAACCCACCUCAAAACCAGCCAAAAAACCACUGGUGAAGAUACCUCUGAAACCUCCACCACGCAAACCUAUCGCCAAGCCUGCAGUCAAGCCCACGGCUAAACCCAAACCAGCUAAACCCACACCUAAAGCACCUAUGAAAAAGCCUGCACCUAAACCUGGAUUUAAACCUGGAGCUAAACCUACACCCAAACCUAAGAUUAUUAAGCCAACGCUCAAACCAAGCAUCAAGGCUAAACCCACACGUAAGCCUGUACUGAAGACCAAGCCCACCUUAAAACCUGUUGUCAAACCAGUGAAGCCAACCUCUAAGAGUGCAGUUAAACCAACAGCCAAGCCAAAAUUUAAGCCUAAAGUGACACCCAAACCUGGAGUAAGCAAGACAGUGACGAAGAAGCCUGUUGUGAGCAAGAAACCUUUACCACUGAACCCACUGUGUACACAAGCCUGUAAGAGGACAGGAACUCUCCAAUCCAGCUUCUGCCCUCAUGACUUCGUGAUUACGGGUAAGGUUACAUCUUUGACCACUGGUCUGAGGGGCUCAGCGACAGUUGAGGUGUCCCUAAUCAAGGCCUAUAAGCCAGGACGUCUGAACAUCACCAAAUCAGGGCCUGUCAUGUCGGUCACACUGACCUCCACCUGCAAAAGAUGCCCCGGGCUAACCAAAGGCCAGAACUAUGUCUUGAUGGGAAAAGUCGACGCGCAGGGCAACGGCCUUCUGAGCCCCUCCAGCUUCACUCUCCUCUAUAAGCCCAUCCACGCUAAAGCACUGGCAAUCCUCUCACGCAAACAGUGCUGACAUCACAGCCCAGUCCACCAAUCAGAUUGACAGCCCUGACUAUCUCUCUGAAAACAUGUAACUUUACAUAAAGAGUGAAAAUGUUAUGAGUAGUAUCCAAACAUAAUUUUUUACAUAAUGCAAUACUGUUGUGAAAAGUAAUUUUAAAAGAAUAAACAUACAACAUUAUUAUAUUUUGUAUUUUGUAUGUAAAUUAUAAUAUUUCUGUGAUAAAAGAUGCACAUCAAUAAACCAUGUAACUCUG